CCGAGGAUAAAGCCUUUUGGGAAGAUCAUAGAACCCUUGUCCGAAUCUCGAACAUGGGGUAACCACACCGUCUCAUUCAUUGUCUCUAGUCAACCAACCGCCAACAUCGGCGUGUUGGGUCACACUGAUGAAAACAUCCAUACAUAACAGUUACAUAUCAUCACUUCACACAACCACAGUUCAGACCCUCCACCCCAUCUCUCCUUCGAAACAGAGCCUCAAAGCCGUUUUGAAUAUGAAAAGCGUCGUCAUGGCACGAUCAACGCUUUAUUUGGCGAAACAUCUCUUGAUUCUCCUCAUAGAGCUCUGAAACCCUUUAUUGCGGAGCGAGAAGCGCUCUGCAAUUAUAUAGACUCGUUUAUAUAAAAUGAUCUUGCUUUUCCUAUCUGUUUGCCCUAAUAUGUAACUUCAACAGUAUUGCAGUCUACGGUGUUCUCAAAAUGGCGCGUAAUGAUGACAUCCCUCAAAACCAGUUAAUAUACCACAAAGGGACCCACACGGUAGAAUACAUCGAUGGGAAGAUAGUAAAGAGCGGGGAGGACUUCAAGAUCUAUGAGGCCCUCUCGCUCAUCUUCAUCAAUGACAAUACAGAGAUCCCGGUUCCAAAAGUCCGUAGCAUCCACUACGGAGACAAAAGGCUCGACGUCCGCUAUGAUAGGGAAGGCAAAUCAACCAACAUCCUCUUGAAAAACGGUAAAGUGUUCGAGCGAAAGAAUGAUGAAGAAGGACUACCAAUUUUGGUUCAUUGGAAAAACGAUCAAGUCGACAAGAUCACCAUGGACUUUGUGGAGGGUAAAGCACUUGACAUGGUGUGGAUGGACUUCACUAAGGCCCAACAAGGUGUUCUCGCCGAGGAUUUGAGGCGGUAUGUCACCGAGCUUCGUAAGCUUAAGGGUACAUAUAUUGGGGCCCUGAAUGAUGGGCCAGCAAGGAUCAUAUCCAAUUUCCAACAACUUGAAGAGGUCGGGCCAUUCAAUUCGAGGAAGGAAUUCAACAGUUCCCUUAGCGAAAACGGUGUGGCUACGAUGAUAUGUCCAUCACAGGACGAUUCAUCACAAGAAGACGACUCUUCACAGGACGACGAUCCACCACAGAAGCACGAGGACUUUUUUUUCACCCAUGGCGAUAUUGUGCCACGCAAUAUCCUUGUCAAUGGUCAGGGAAAGAUCACUGCCCUGGUGGACUGGGAGUUUGCUGGGUAUUAUCCCCAGUACUGGGAGUAUAGCAAGGCCAGUCGCGAUCCUACGACAGGUUGGAAGAAUUUUCUUUGUACUGAGGUUUUCUGUGAGAAAGAAGAUUGGGUCUAGUGAGAUGAAGACUUCGAAUGUUCCGUUCAUGGACCUGUACUAGGGCUGUUUCGCGAUAGACUGUCCGGGUGGUUCGUGAGCCGGGAAAGGCGCAAAUAUAUAUA